AUGUCUGACCGAGAGUUCAACUCGACAGUCCAGAAGAUCAUCACCGAGAUCCUGCCCCCAUCCUCCGGUCAAACAUUCUCCAAGGAUGCACGCGACUUGCUCAUGGAGUGCUGUGUCGAGUUCAUCACUUUAAUCUCCUCCGAAGCCAAUGAUAUCAGUGAGAAGGAAGCCAAGAAGACCAUUGCCUGUGAGCAUGUCGAGAAGGCUCUACGCGAUCUCGGAUUCGGUGACUACAUUCCACAUGUGCUUGCUGUUGCAGAGGAGCACCGGGAGCAGCUAAAGUCGCGUGAGAAGAAACAGAGCAAAAUGGAGCAGAGCGGUCUUUCAGAGGAAGAGCUUAUGCGCCAACAGCAGGAGCUCUUUCGAUCUGCGACUGAGAAAUACAACCAGGUCCCCGAGUAA